AGAGUCCAGGUUUUGUCUACAUGUCUAAACCAGUCCAACCUUUUCUCUGGGGUUGGUGGAUUCACCUGCAGACCCUGUGGUGUCUGUUUUCUGGCCCUGUUUGAUUGACAGUUAUAAAACUGUUCGGACUACAGAUCCGUGUCCUGUUUGGUAAGCAGGUCUGUCCACAGUCCUGAACACUUUAAAGACAUCAUUAUGUGUAACUGAAGGACUGAGGGGGGCUCCGCAGAGGCCCUGUUCAGUCUGGGAGCGGCCCUGCCUCCUCGGUGUGCCGGGGCAAAGAGCAGCGGGAGGCGGAGAGGAAACCUGCGCCUCCUCCCACCCUGGAUUAGACCUCCUCAGACCUUAGACCUCCUCAGACCUCCCCCCGCUGACAGACAGGGAACAUGUGUGAGGACUUCAGGAGGGUUUGGAGCUGUUAGUGAAUCUGAGCGGAAAGAAUCUGAGGACGUCCAGAAACUCCAGAGAGACAGAGAGAGAGAAAGAGAGCAGCGACACGAUGAGCCGGGACUUCAUCACUCUGCAGGUGCUCCUCCUGUGCGGGCUCGUUCAUGCUCAGCAGCCCCUCCUGCCCGGCUCGUGCAGCUUUGAGCUGGGCUCCUGCGAAUACACGUCGGACCCUGAGAGCGGGAGCUGGACCAUGAAUAAGGAAGGACAUCUGAUCUCUGUGGACUCAGAACUCCUUCUGGACCAUGAACAGGCAGUUCUGGUAAGUCCUGUUCUGGAACAUCAGGACUGGAGCUGUGUGCGUCUGGUGUACCAGAUCACAGGACAAGGGUCUCUGGAGGUCCACCUCAGACCAGACUCGGACAACUUUGACUAUCUGCUGUGGUCAUCCAGCACAGCCUCUGACAGCUGGCUCAUCUCCAGCCUUGACCUGCCCAACACCACUGAGCCACUCCAGAUUUUGCUGACAGGUCGACCAGAACGAGGAUCAGGAAACAGCGUGGCCAUCUUUGAAAUCCACCUUGUACCUGGUUACUGCUUAGAGUGUAACUUUGAGGAGCAUCACCUGUGUGGGUACAGCAACAGCUGGAACCCCAACGUUAACUGGUACGUGGGAGGGAGUUUGACCAGAGAGAGAGAAGACAACCACACCGACAACAGAGGUCACUACAUGUAUGUGGACUCGGUCUAUGCCAAACACUUCCAGGAAGUGGCGAAGCUGACGUCCCCCAUGACGACUGUGCCGAUGUCGGGCUGUCUGUCCUUCUUCUACCACAGAGACCAGGAGAUAGGAAACAUCUUCUCCAUCUUCACCAGAGACCAGCAGGGACACUACGAGGACGUCUGGAAGCCUGAUGUUUACUUUACCUCCGGCUGGGCUCAUCAUAGCGUGGACAUCAAGGCCCCAAGACCCCUGGAGCUGGUGUUUGAGGCAGCCUUUAACAGUGCCAGAGGAGGGUACGUGGCCAUAGACGACAUCACGUUCUCAUCUGAGUUCUGUCACACUGAAACAGAGCCGACCUUUGACCCCACUGUGGCAGACUGUGACUUUGACAGAGGGAUGUGUCUCUACCAUCAGGAGAGAGAGGACAGCGCAGUGUGGAGACGAGUUACAGUGAAGGCUAACCUGUACAGGACAGGUGACCACACCACGGGGACAGGUGGUUUCCUGUUGGCGAACGCGCCCGCCACCUUGAGGCCGGGGUAUGUGGGUCGUCUCCAUGGCCCCUUGCUGCCAGGUAACCACAGGUACUGUGUGAAGUUCUUCUACCUGCUGCAGGGGUUUAGGAGCGUAGACAACUCUCUGCUCCUCUACGUCUAUGACGAGAACAACGUGGCCCAGGAGAAGGUGUGGAGUCUGAGCGAGUCCUCCAGGGCCGUGUGGACGCAGGUGGAGAUCACCUUCAUGAAGCCCAUGAGCUCCAAGCUGGUCUUUGUCAGCAUCUGUAAGAACUUCUGGGAGUGUGGUCUGGUCGGCAUCGAUGACAUCACAACCAGCCUGGGUGACUGUCGAGUACACGAAGGCCCCCUCCCCACUCAGUGCGACUUUGAGGAUGGAGUCUGUGGAUUCAUCCAGGACAAGACUGAGGACAACGAUUGGCUGAGAGUCCGAGGACACACCCCCACCUCCUACACGGGCCCCCGAGGGGACCACAGCACAGGGGUGGGUCACUUCAUGUACAUCGAGGCGUCUCUCAUGCGUCCCGGUCAUAAGGCCCGCCUCCUGACCUCUGACCUGCGGGGCUCCUCGUCCCCUCAGUGUCUGCUCUUCUACUUCCACAUGUACGGCUCAGGUACAGGCAUACUGAGCGUGCUGCUGCGCCACAGAGGCACGGACACGCUGCUGUGGAGGCGACGUGGAGAGCAGAGCAUCAGCUGGAUGAAAGCCACGCUGGACUACACCUGUGAAAACAGACACCAGAUUAUAUUUGAAGCCAUCAGAGGGCCGUCGCUCCGCAGUGACAUCGCUUUAGACGACGUCAGCUUUAAGAGGGGACCAUGUACAGAUCUCUCUGAUGUCACUCCAUUCUCCGGAUCCUCUGAAUAUUUCAACGAGAUCGAGAAGUGAACCUGCUCAGAGUGAAGCCCGACAGUUUACACCUUCGUAGAGCCAUAUUCAUAUAUUCACAGUAAAUAAGAUAGACACGGUCAGAGCGUGUGUUACAGCCUCAGAGAGAUUCACUCAUGUUCAACACCAUCAUGGAAAUAAACUGACGGACAGAGUCAUCAGAGAGACACGCUCUGAUCAUACAAAUAUAAUGUGGAGCGACUGACUGCUGAGAGGAAACAACCGCAUCUUCAUCAUCUCCAUCAUCAUCAUCAUCAUCAUCUCCACCUGAACACUGACAGACUCUGUUCAGGAUGAGUUUACAUGGUUUAUUAAAUACUUUGGAAACAUUU